AUGCCUGAUAUUUCAGAUCAGGUCCUGUCAGGUGUCGAUGCUUCAUUCUCAAUUAAUGAGAUUGAACUCAUUGAUACAUUCACACGAAGGCGCUCACAUCUACGACCAUUACCGUCUCAUCAAUACCCGAAUGAAACCCUCAUCUACUAUGGGUACAUCGGGUGUGCCCCGAUGUAUCCUUCUGUUGCCAUCUCGCUUCGUACACUCGCUGCCUACCGUCAGUCGCACCGAACGUGUCCCCGGUUCAGUAUCCAAUCACAAUGCAAGACUUUAUGUUACCUUCACGAUAUUCCAUAUCGGCCAUACUUAAAAAUGCAAUUCUCGGCAGCCUAUGACGUUUUUCUAGAAAUCCUCCAUCGCAUCAACCAGCGUCUGCGUCAGGCGCUCAAACGGGAUACCGUCAACUGGCGUAUGUUAAACACAUGCCCUGCAUGCUUUUACAAGCUCGACGAUGAACCUGCCCUCGAUUUUGAAUGGCUGGUAUCAAUUGAUGGUAACAAUAGCCUGAAGCGAUGGGACUCGUCCAUCUAUGGUACCACCGCCCGAUCUGAUUCUCGCACAGCUCGUUCGGAUUAUUGGAUUCAUGCUGACGCUGUUGACAAGUUUGAGAAUGAAGUCAAAUCCCGACAAACAGACUUGAGGAAUGAUGACGACUGGGAGGAUGAGCCUACAGACCCAGAUCAUCCGGGAGCAUUCACAUGCGUCAAUCGAUGGAGAAACGCUGGCCCAGACUCACGUAAGAAGAUGUUUGCCGUAUUCCAAGAGUCAGGUAUUUUUAUCGCUUCAUGCCGCCAUCGCUUUGUGCUUCUCGCGUGUGAUAUGAUCCGAAGCGGAGAACUUGCGAAAUAUCCGAUAGCGAUCAUCGACAAACUCCUUACGGUAUAUGGAAAAAAUGGAGGUUGCGCGUACGAUAUCGGUUGCGCAUUCUCGAAGACGUUAGCUAAUAGUACGUUGGGCCCUCGUGCACACGAUCUCGGCUUUCGGAUGAUGGUUGGCGCCUUCCAUGGCCAUGCGCACAAUCGAAGGUGUCAGCUUGACUGGCACCCAAUGUAUAUCUCUGGAACUGGCCAUACUGAGGGCGAGGGUUGUGAGCAUAUCUUCUCUGCAUCUAACGAGCUUGCGCGUAGCACAAGGCAUGCUAACUGUUUUCAUCGCCACCAAGCCAUCGAGGAACAUUUCGCUUUUUGGGAUGCCGAUAAGUAUGCUGCACUUAGUAAGUCAAAAAAUCAAGCUGUAAUUGUAAUACUGAUGCCGCAGUGUCAGGUAAUUAUUUGUGGACUCAUUAUCGCGAAGCGUUGA